AUGCCGACCCCGAGUGACAACCAGCCGACUUCGAUCGCCGACGUGAUCUCCGCUCGCACCUGUCCACCAGACCUUGAUCGAAUCUCGGCCUGGAGAGACUCGCCGGACUCGACUGAUGAGGCCAGUGACCCCCUGGAUGAGAUUCUGUCGCCCUCAAGUGGCACUACGCCCUUCAUGUUGAAUCGGUCCGAUGAUGGAGGUGCGCUUUUAGCGCCCGAGGCGCUCAAAGUGGAGCAGAAGUUGGCUCCCAGCACGGACUUGGACAUGGGCCGUGAGAGAUCCGUAUCUCCAACGGAUCCAUGCGAUCGUGGUCGCUCAUCGCCGGUGAUGCCGACUCCGGCGCUGAUGCGCUAUGAAUUUUCUAAUGUUCGGCUUUUGCCAAACCAUACCUCGUCGUUUCUUCGCUCCGGAAGCAGAUUUGCUGGUACUCAAAUGUCCGACAAACAAGUUUACAAUGUUGAUGUGGAGAUCAAACAUGUGGACAUAGCAGAAUCUUACCUUUGCGGCUACCUGCGCAUUCAAGGUUUGACUGAGGAUCAUCCUACUUUGACAACUUUCUUUGAGGGCGAAAUGAUUGGCACCAAACACAGUUUCAUCACUCGCAACGAGGAAUGGGGUGCCAACGAGAAGACCGACAUACACCACUGGUCUCGGUUUCCGGCGUGGAAACCACUUGCUAAACAAGCCAAGAAGACUGACUUCACACUACGCAACUUUGCCCAGCAUGAGCACGUAUUCAUGCGGUGGAAGGAAUACUUCCUCGUUCCGGACCACCGAGUUCGAACAAUCUCAGGCGCCAGCUUCGAAGGAUUUUACUAUAUCUGCUUCAACCAGAUACAAGGAUCCGUGAGCGGUGUAUAUUUCCAUGCGAAGAGCGAGAGAUUCCAACAGCUUGAGCUUAAGCAUGUCGAGGAUCGUGGAUGUGCGCCAGUAGUCGAGUUCCGUUAA